UAGAAAUGUUUAAUAUUCCAACAUGUUCACCUCUUAACACUUUAAAUAGUGACAAUAACAAAGCCAUUCCAAAAUCCUUAGCACAAUUGCUAGCAGACCGUCGUCCUUCAUAUUCUGUUAGUAUUCCCAGCGAAUCUAGAAAAUUAAGCAGAGAAUGUAGAAGGAAAGGGAAUGAGCAAGUUUGUGGGAGGGCUGAAGAGGCGAAUAGAGGUUCUUCUAUCAUGCUUCCCCUUCCACCUUUGAAGCAGUCAAACGAUGCAGAAAUCAAAAAAAUUUUACUACGAAAAAUACAACAAUGCCAACAAUUUGUGGAGUGGGGAGAGGAGGAGAAUGAAGAGAAAAUUAAGGAAAGAUUAGUAAAGACAAAUGCUUUGGAGGAAGUAAUUGAAUGGGUUUCCAAUAGUUCUUCAAAAAAAUUGGUGGAAGAGGACAAUUUAAAGCGUGGACUGGUUGAUAUUGUCCGGUUAAAUUUAUUCAGAAUUCUCCCUCCAAACGAAACACAAGAUAAUUCAGCAACAGAAGAAUUGACAGAUAUUGGUCUAGAUUCUCGCCUAACAUCCAACUCCCAUUUAGAGCCUAAUUGGCCCCAUCUACUCCAAGUUUAUCGACUUCUACAUUUAUUAAUUGAAAAAUCAAGUGAUGGUGAUCUUACUAAAUUUACUGAAUUUAAUUCAAAAUUUAUUGGAGAUUUAUUAGAAUUAUUUCACUCAGAAGACCCCAGAGAAAGACAACAACUCAAAAAAGUGGUUCACACACUCUACAGUAAAUUGGUGCCUUUAAGGCCUGAGAUACGCAAGAGGAUGGGGUGGUUGUUGUUGGAACAUGUCUAUGAAAAUAGGCAGUGUAAAGGAGUACCUGAAAUUUUGGAAAUUCUUGGAGAUAUAAUUAAUGGGUAAAUUAUUUAAUUUUUUUAGUGUGGUGAUAGUUGUGUUUAGAAAAGUAAGGUUUCUUUGACCUCUGCAUCUGGGGCAGUUCAAGUAUAUAAAAAAUUUUCGUGUUCUACUUAAUAUUAGAUAA